CAUCUUAAAUAACACAUUUACGGAAGUAGUAGUCUCCCGAUCGUACACUAAGUACCGUGUGUAUUCGACAUUUCACUUGCGCUCAAGCUCGUCGUUUGCCUCCAAUCUCACUUCGACGAACGCUGCACCUCUCACCUUCACUUUGUACGAAUCGGUCCAAGCUCGAUACAAGAUUUUUACCCUUGCCUCGAUCUGCUUAUCGUCGCCAGGAUCGUUCUGCGAUAUCCUUACUCUGUUCCUACCACGCACAACUUGCUUCGUGUCUCUAGCUAUAUUGAUCGCCGCCAUGCCACCCAGAAAGCAGAAGGCCAUUGCGCCGAGAGAGCAUGUCUACAAGCCUAUUCGACCACGAAAAUCGCAAUUCGUCGCGCCGCCCCCGGAACCGAUAGCAAAGAGUCUCACACUCAAGCUCAAGCUGAAUUCGAACGCUCACAAGAUUCCUCAAUCGCCUGUUCCAACGUCGCCUGUAGAAGAUGGUGCAAAGGAGAACGGGUUCCAACAUGGCAUACAAUCCGGGAUGAAUGAACAGGGCAUGAGGCGUGGUGAAAGGCAGAGAACGAAGUUGUAUCAGCCUGACAUGGUGUUUGGGAGUGAGAUGGACAACCUCAUCACAUCGUCUGCUACAGAGGGCAAGAUGGACGACAUGGAUGCAGAGCAUACCUUGGUCAGCUCUCCAACUACUGUCAUCAGCAUGCAUGCGCCUGCACGCUUCGACUCGCCCGCGACCAUUCAGUGCACUAACUCUCCGCCACCACGCUAUACCGGCCCUGUGUCCCAAGACGUCUACGAUAUCCUCAGUACACUCCAGGCCUCGACUAAGAUUCAGGUAGACUUGCCAAAUAUAAUGGCCUCAGACAACUCCGAUAUAGCUAAACCCUACACCGCCGCCCUCCUGGUCGAACUCUAUGUUCAGUGUUACAACAAUCAACUUUGGCACUUCUGCGACCUUGUUGCUGACACAUGGAUCCGUGCGCUACAGACUGCGAACAGGGACACACAGAAGAGCAAGAAUGUACAAGAUCACUUGUGGAGGAAGAAUGUGGCUCUAGAGAGGGCGUUUGCGGAACAGAAAAAGGGCUUCAAACAAGAUGUAUUCGAGUUUGGACUGGACAUCGAAGAUCCUGACAUGGCUGAUGACGUUGCAGAAAUCAGACCUCAGCAGUUGCGUGCCCUGUAUGCACAGACUGGCCCAAAGUGCGGAGCUAGGUUGCUAUGGGCUGAUGCCAUGGCACUAUGUGGAAAGAAGAUGGAGCACGAGAUUGUGAGGCAACCAGAGGCUUGGCCGGCAGAAUCUUUCUUCGAGGUCAUGUGCACCAGCUUGCGUAUGGUUGGCAGAAACCUUACGCUCAAGAUUGAGGAGACGUACGAGGGUGCAUGGUGCAGGUAUCAUGAGCACUCGAAGCAUGGACAGCCAUGUUACCGCAAAGAGGCUUGGAUGCAAAAAGAAGCCUGUCCAGAAGAAGAAGAGUAUGCCGGUAAUGCGACAGAGACAGAGGCGAUUAGGAGCACGAGCAAGAGUGAGAAGCGAGCUGCGGCCGUCCGUGGGAACGAGCACGGCGAUGCAAAGCGUGUCCGGUUCGAUGCUAGUAGUGCUGAGGUAGAGGUCAUUGAUUUUGGUGACAUUGAUGCUGAGGGAGAAUCGGAAGAGGACAGCUAGUAACGCAUGAAGAGAAAAGCCAACACCUGCUAGCGAGCGUUACGAUUACUCACUGUGCGCAACCCAUUACAGUUGCGUCUAGGCUCGCUUUAGUU